AUGGAUCAACAGGAGCUACCGAGACUAACUGGUCACCGACGUCAGCAGAUAUCGCACAAGCCAACCACAAACGCAACCAAAGAUAACAACGACGAUGAUAUUGGACACGUGAACACCACUUCGUGGGGAGACCAAUUCCGCCACUAUUUCCUCAACGGGGAAAUCAGACCUUACCUCGGCACCAACUCCUACCUGAGCGACAACAAAAUCCUGCGCUCGUGGCAGUACAUGAUGUUUAUGCUCGCUUACUGCGUGGCCUGUAGCCUCUUUGGUGUCCUUUCUGUUACCCUCUUGCCCGAUCCUGCUACUCUUGCGGCCCUCCAGGCAGCCGACAGCAGGGAAGGUGGUGCGGAUUAUGAAGAUGAAUUGGACGAUGCGACGAACCACUUACAAAGUUCAUUCAACAAAUACUUGGGUGAUUCUCAACAAUAUGGGUCGUAUGAAGUUGUCCGACACUCCAAUGAGUAUCGUGAUAGAGGCUAUCCCAAAACUAAAGACUACAAUCAAGUCUACUAUCGACGAGAGAAACGAAGUGCUGUGAGUGAUGGUAGUCGCCGCUCGAGUCACAAGCGGGUACGCCGAGUGGUAGCCACUGAUUACUUCACUUACAGUUGGUGGGAUCGUUUUGUCGACCUCAUUCUACGACCAACUUGGGGACACCAAUAUUUAACGUACGGAGUGCCACCUAACGAAUCUUACUUUUCAUACGAAACAGACUAUGAUUCGUACGGCAGACCAGUGAGCUCAUACAGCACUCUAGAGAGCUCGUAUGAGAGACCAGAGAGCUCGUACGGCACUAUGAAUAGCUCGUACGGCAGACCUGAAAGCUACAAUUCUGCAGGCGAUAUAGAACAAACUUCAAGCUAUAAUGCUACUGGCUCGGAUGGUGAAGCUGAAGCAGCAGUAGAAGAAUCUGCCGAAGACUUAAUUCCAAAUUAUGGUUACUUUGAGAACUCCUUAUAUGCAUUAUACCUUGAGUUCUACAACAAACAUAAGCAGUUGUUGGAAGAAAAGUACAGUUCUGACUCUGAUGAAGAAUAUGACGACGAGGAAGAUGGCUACGAAGAAGAAGAAGAAGAGGAGGACGUUGAAGACGAGGAAGCUAAAGGUAACUAUACAAUGCGGCCAUAUGAUGCAUCAAUGAUGAAAAAUGAAACGUCGCAUUACCAAAUGCCUCCUCUUCGGCAAGUACGGUAUAACACUACGCGGCAGCAUUACCGACCAUCACACCAACACUACCGGCCCUCUAGUCAUAAUACUCAAUUUCAUCACCAGCAACUGUAUCACACAACUCUUCGUCAACCAAUUCAACCAACUCUCACGCCCCUGAAAGGGCCACCGACCCGAGAACAGUACCAAACAUCCUCUUUUCAACAGCCUCACAUGUCGACACGGCAGCCAUAUCAGCCCGCGGCACAGCAGCAGCAUCAACACCAUAGACAACCAAGUCUUCCGCCUAAACAGAAGUCUCACCGACCACAAGUUAUCUCGUCGUACACAACUCCUACACGAGAGUUGAACCAGCCCUCACUUCCAAAAGAGAACCAAAAUCUUUCUCAACAAACUCAACAAGUUUCGCAGAACAAACAUGAGUCCACCCAGCAAAAACUUUACGGCGAGUCGAAACUUCUACCCAUAAGAACGGGUGAUAACACUAAUCUUUUGCACGUGUCCAGCACUUCUACCCACUUCGAGAAAAUUAACGUUGCUAGCGAAGAGUCAACUAAUGCGGAUGCAAACUUAAGAGAAAAUAUCUAUCGUACACCCCAUAAAACUCACUCGGCAGCAAAUGAAUUAGGUCGAACACAGAGUUCCAGCCAGGUUUAUGUUUCAACUCAAAAACCAGUUAACAAGAAGGAAAUGUCGGGAGAAUCCAGCUACUUAUCUUACAAGCCCCAUGAGGGACCCUAGAUUAGUAGACUUUAAGGUAGAAAAGGUAGACUUCAAAUCGAACUUAACACAUUCGAUGCGUGAUGAACAAAUUGUCGUAAUAUACAACAGCGCAGGUUGUGUUGGAAGUCUGUAUGCUUUUUAUAUUGAUUCUUGCUACCAUGUUACUACCACAAACUCAAAUUAACGUUUGCCGAUUGAAUCAAGUUACAUAAAACAACAUAAUGUUGUGUACCGUAAACUAUAUUAAAACAGAUUAAAUAAAAUGAAAGCUGAGCACAUUGAACUAGCGAAUGUAGUUUGUUGUUAUCAAGCUUUAGAUUUAUCGUAACCUCUUCUAAUAUGAACUCUCCACCGGCCAAGUAUACGAUUCAGUGAUUUUAUUGAAUUACUAACGAGGAUAGUAAAUCAUGUAGACGGUAAAAGGUUCAGUCUUGUUGAACGCCUAAGUUGAUAAGCUAUUUAUUUGUAUUUAUUAUACUAUUUAUUGUUAGGUAAUAUAUUGCUGUGACUUUCUAGGUAGGGGAAGGGGAUCCCAGAAGUAUCUAUGAUGGGGCACAAGUACGGAGCAGAGGGGACUUAGGGUGUACGUAAUUUAAGGUAGGUUACUAUGCAAUGCAUCAUCCCCCGUAAUUGUGUUAACGGUGACGUGUGAGGGUAAAGUAAUGUUAAUUCAACUCCCUCACCUAUUUUUAGUUGUUGUUGUUACUGUUCUCAUUGUUGACGUCACAAUCUUCAUUUCAUUGUUGUUAUUCAAUAAAAUUGUCAUCUUUC